AUGUCAGACCCCGUCAACAAUGACUAUUCGCAGACGGCGUACAGUUCCUCCUGGGCUUCCAAGCCGGCCAAUGUUCAACGCAGCCUCCCAUCGACUGUCGUGUCGCAGGUUCGCGAGUAUGGUAUCCUACCUGACAGGCCAGUCCGGUCGAAUAUUUAUGCAGGGCUAGGUUCUUCAGCCUCAAUUCGACCCCCGAUUCUCUGCACAUUGAUUGCAACCGGAGGAAAACGCACUGGCCUACUUUUAGUUCAACGGCAUGCUUCUCGACCUGGUCAGAGACGACCCAGGCCUCACAACAUUCUUCUCAACUGGGCCUCGGACGAGCAGAAUACCAAGACAGCCACGGACGCAGUCCCCGGCGACUUUAACGUCGCCCGCAAGCUGGCCCCCAGCAGUUCGCGCCAGACACCGCAUGCCACGGGAAACAUCAUGUGGUGGAGCCCGGAAGGGCAGAAGGGCAGGGGCGUCACCAAGGCAUCAGACAUCUGUUUGUUCGGGCUCUGUACAUACGUCCACGGAGGCGGUGAUCUUCUCUUCCUGAACGGGUACGAAGCGCUCGACGCGACGGGCAUCACGCCGAAGCAUGAGAUCCUCGCCGGACACCUUGCCUACUUCGGUCCCGCUCCACCAAGACUCCUGGAGCAGGUUCGCCAUGAGACCUCGUGUGAAGCUCUGAAGAGAGCGUCGAGGAUUGCGGAGAUCUCAUUGAGAGAUCAGCCCAGCCUGAGUGUUGAGUAUGGGGGGAAUGAGUUGGGCCCGCGCGGCAAGGACAUGAGUUCUCGCAUGACGAACCCGGAUCCUGCGGUGAGGUUGGCAAUUGACCAAAUCCUGGCGUAUCCGUUGUGGGAGAAUGGUGGGUAG